AUGGUUAAACACCAAAGGAGAUACGGUAAACGUCUCGAUCACGAUGAGAAACUUCGCAAGAAGGAGGCUAGAUCGGUGCACCAGAAUUCAAAGGUCGCCAGACAGACUCAUGGUCUCAAGGCUAAGAUGAUGCACAAGCAGAAGCACGCUGAGAAGGUUCAAAUGAAGAAGACUAUGAAAAACCACAGCGAGAGGAACGUUAAAAAAGAUGAAGAGAAGCCAGACGAUAGCGCUGCUCUCCCAACCUACCUCAUGGAUAGGAAUGAACAGCGUGAUGCCAAAUCCAUCAGCUCAGCCAUCAAACAAAAGCGUAAAGAUAAAGCUGCGAGGUUUAGCGUUCCCCUUCCAAAAGUUAAAGGUAUCGCAGAGGAAGAGGUUUUCAAGGUUAUCAAAACCGGCUCCAAGAAGCAGAAAUCUUGGAAGAGAAUGAUCACUAAACCUACCUUUGUCGGUGAGAACUUUACCCGCAAACCUCCAAAGCUUGAGCGUUUCAUUAGACCUUCUGGCUUGCGUAUGAAGAAGGCAAACGUCACUCACCCUGAACUCAAGACUACCUUCCAACUCCCCAUCAUCGGCGUUAAGAAGAACCCUCAGUCUCCUCUCUACUCUCAACUUGGCGUCCUCACGAAGGGCACCGUACUCGAAGUUAACGUAAGUGAACUCGGUAUGGUCACUACUGGUGGUAAAGUCGUUUGGGGUAAGUAUGCCCAAAUAACUAACAACCCUGAAAAUGACGGUUGCGUUAAUGCUGUACUUCUUGUUUAA